AUGGUAUGGUGGGCUUUGGCACGGCUGCAGGCGUUGUUUGACUAUUUCUUGAUGCCGGCAGCAAAGCUUGAACGCGAAAAGAAGCUGAAGUCGAUUCUCACUUUCGGGGCAAAUCUCCCCAAACGACUCGAAAAGGAUCGCGAUGCUUCUCUCGUGGUCGAACUCCAGGCUCAGAUCCGCGGGCUACCACUGCUGCCAUCCUCGACCCUCACCACGAGACAGGAUGAGCUCGACAAACUAGGCACAGAACUUUGGAACCUUUCCACCCGCUUGCGACGCGAUGAAACUACAACAAAUAGCAAGACGAAAUACGAUGCGAAGGAGAAUGACCGCGCUCUCUGCUUGGUGCGCGCUUUCGCAUUUCUUGUGCUUGACUCCGCUGCGGCGCAUGCAAAAGGUCGUCCGCGAAAGAGCUGCAUUCGUCUCAUGAAGGUUGCGCUGAAAGCUGCACGCAUGUGCAUUACUAGCAAAGAAAUUAGUCAUGCCACCAAGCUUCUUGAGCGCGCCGCCGAAUAUCAGGAAGUGCUGGGCAAGGAGGACGACGCAGCGAAUGACGAGAGCGAGAUGGCGCGUCGCCUGCGCAUGGAGUACUUCGCCGUGCGGACUACGCUGGUCACAGAGCACAUGUAUGCCAAGUGCAAGCAGCUCGCCGUUGCACUCACCCCGAGCUCGGCGGAGACCCUUGCAGAUCUUCUAUACGAGAUGGGCAAAGAUAGCUUGAGCAAACGCCAGUACGAAGCUGCGACAAGAUGGCUUGAGCGCGCAUACGAUACGCUUGGGGAGCAAGACAUGGAGAUGUUCAGUCCUGAGGCUAGCGAACUAAGGCUGAGCACCAUGCACGGCAUUGUGCAGGCAUGCGUGAAGUCGAACACCACUGGAGCUCGAGACAAAGCUUGGCAGAUGCUGAAGCUCAUGGAGACGGACUACUCCGACAAGAUGUUGGUUUCGCUCCUGAAGAUUGAGCUACUCUCCUCAAGCGAGACCUUUGACAGCGUCGAGUUUUAUAAUGUUCUUCUUCGCAUGAUAAGGACCAUUGUUCUCAACGAUACAAAUUUCAGGACCAUCAUGCAUCAUAUCCACAAGCUGAAAGAGCAUAGCAAUACUACCGCAGGCAAAAUCGUUGAUGAUUUGAUCGACAUUCGACUCUUCAGAGAAGAGAAUCAAACUUGGAUCGAAAAGGCGGUCAUCACUCGCAUCUGGAUCGGCACAACGAACAGUCUUGCGGAAAGAAUACUCGAAGACACACAAGAACUUCUCGAAAUGGUCUUGCAGAAAUCAAAGAGCUCUUUCUCCGCACCUGCUACUCAUGCGGCACAGACACUGUUGUGGAAGCGAGUCGAAGCAGCAUUCAGUCAGGAGCAGUUCGUCAUCGCCGAAGCUUGGUGUCGGGUUUGCCUGCACCCAGUCUUUGAUAAAGCUGGAGCACAGAACAAGGCUCGAAUCUCUAGUAGAAAGAUCAUACAAUGCGCGCUGUCACGGCAGGAUUAUGCGGCUGCACGAGAAGCCCACAAGAAGAUGUCCGAGAAUAGCAGAGACGAGCCAGUCACACGCUAUUUAAUGUAUAAAGCAGGUAUUCAGACCCAGGAUGUCGAACUUGCAGGCAGUGAUGACAUAUUGACCACGACAGCUGCGGAGUGCUUGGACCACAUAUGUCGGAGCUCCGCUAAGGAUGCAACCUUGCUCUAUGCUUGUGCGAUGGAGGCUCAAAGCAAUGGCGACAAAAAGCAAGCCAUCAACGCCCUCGAGCGCGUCCUUGACAAGUACGACUACAGCGCACCCGCGGGAAUUCAUCUCCCUGCACUUCUGCGUCGGAGCUCAUCAAAGAUGGUGCGAUUGAACCAAGCGUCAUGGAACAACUGUGCAAAGUACUUGAAGGAGCUACAAUACUAUCUCGAGGCUCGCAAGCAUAGCCAGGAGUUCCGACGAGCUGCAGCAGAGGGCAUCGACAAGCUCGGUGGUUCUGCUCAAGCAGACAUCAUCUCGAAGCACUUUCAGGUAGUCAAACUGGAGCUUGAAGCAGUACUAAAGCUCGAAAAGUGGGAUGAGCUCGACGAUCUCUUCGAACAGUGCUGGAAGUACAAGAGCCCAGAUGACUACGAGACACUGGCCGAUCUCGUUCUCGUCAUACACUCUUCGCAAACUAACAAAGCCACAGAGGUACUGUCGGUGCUCGAAAAGAUCAUUAAGCUCACCUCACACCAAACCGGAACGGACAUGACGAAGCUUGCGCGCUGGCUUCGUUGCCUUUUCAGCAUUGCGCUUGGUUAUGACGAGAAGAUCAGCAUCAACUGCAUAGAGCUUGCUGUUACCGUCGCUACAAAGCACCAUGGAGACCGUCCGAUUGCUCAAGCAUCUGUCCUGACUACUCCCCCGCUAUCCUCUGAUGCUGUGAGAGAUGAAUGCGACUCAGGCUCGGCUGACGAUGAGAUCAAGGAAACCGAUCGUUAUCCCGCAACGGAGCUCGAGUGGCUUGCGACGACUGCUUUUAACCACGCGGUCGACUACUACAUGCAGGAGAAUGACGAGGCAUGUACGAAGUGGGCGCAGCAUGCGUUUGUGCUUUCGCAGUGGCUUGAGGAUGGUGGAGCAUUGAGGGACUUGCUCAUGGAGAAGUAUGCGUCAUUGGGGCUAGGGAAGGGACGCGAGUGA